AUGAAAUUAUUCAGAUUUGCAUACAGCUUCUCAAAAUACUCAUCUUAGAAUCAUUCCCUUUUAUAACAAAUAUAUUCAUAUAACUAUAGAGAUCACUAUAUUGCUUACUUACUUUUAGAUCAUCAAUCGAAAUCAAUAAUCUCAAUUGAUCCUGGAGAUUUUGAAGCUGCCUUCUAUAAUAUAAAGAAUCUAGAAGUAAAUUCAGGAUAUAAGUUGAAUUAUAUUCUUUAAACACAUGGAAGAUCUAAUCAUACAUCAAGUGUUUUAGAACUCUAUUCAAAAUUUAAGGAUGCAAAAGUUUAUAGUGGAAUAGUUGAAAAUAAAUUGGGCACUCUUUUUUAAACAGAUUUUGCUAGAGAAUUUUAACCAUUUUAAAUUGGAGAUUUAGCAAUUUGUUUCAUUUAAGCUAAUGGACGUAAAUUCAAUUCUUAAUUUUUAGAUACUUUUGAUAAUUAUAUGAUAGCUGUGACAGACACUAAUGCUUAAUCAACUAAAAUACCCAUAUUAUUUUCAGGAGAUACCAUAUUAGUUAAGUAAAUUUAUAUAAAAUUAUGAUAAGUAAUGUUGGUGAAAUAGAAGAUUAUGGAGCAUUCUUUGCAACUUUAUAAAAAUUAAGAGGAUUUCAUGAUGAAACUUUAAUCUUUCCAGGUCAUCUACCAUAAUAAGAAGUAUUUCUAUUUGCAAAAACUCUUGAACCAGACAAUAUUAUUGUUUAAAAUAAAAUGGGAUUAGACAAUUUGAUUCCAACAUCCUUAAUUGAAGAAAGAAUGGGUAAUCCAUACUUUAGAUAUUCUUAAUUGAAUGGUAAAGUUAAAGAGUCAGAUCCUAUUAAGUACUUAAAAAAAUUAAAAAAUAUAUAAAAUAAAUAUUUUAAUGGAUAGAAGGUAUGAGAAAGAAAUGAAGUAUACUGAAAAAAUAAGUUAUCAUGUAUAAGAAUUCUAAAAUCUCACUAAAUAUUAUCUAACCAAUUAUAUGUUUGAAUAAAAAGAGAAAUGCUACUAAGAAAAUAUCAAAUCUGUAGAUAAUUAUGUUAAUUGUGCAUUGCAAUUAGUCAAUUAAUUUAAUGAAAUGUCAAAGAAAUUUAGAUAUUAAGGACUCUAUUUUGAACAUAGAUUUGUUGAUUGUUUGAAACAUAGACCAGAUGAAGGAGAUAAUUAUAAAUGCAUCUAAAAAUUAGAAAGGGAUUUAAAAAUUGAAGCCAAGAAAAUUACACCUAAGGAAUGAG